CGGUCCCUGUUGCCGUCUAGCAGAGCCGUGGACCUCCCCAAACUAAAUCUGUAUGGACCUGGACAUGAGGUGGUGGUCAGGAAAACUGAAAACUCAAGUGAGAUGGAGCAACACAUGCUGAGUUUGAGUGGAGAAUGCUGCUUCGAAGGGAAGUCCCCGUGUUGUUCAGACUCCGAGACUUUGAGUCAGGGAGACAAAGAAUACGAUGAUAUCCUGGAGCUUAAUCAGUUUGAUGGACUUCCUUACUCAUCAAGGUUUUACAAACUGCUAAAAGAAAGGAAAGAGCUGCCGGUGUGGAGAGCAAAGGAUGAAUUUAUGGAUUCUUUGACCAAAGGACAGUUUGUGGUUCUUAGUGGCUUUGCCAAAACUGGAAGAAGCUCUCAAAUUCCUCAGUGGUGUGCUGAAUUCUGCCUCUCGGUCCGGUUCCAGCAUGGGAUGGUGGUGUGCACCCAGAUUCAUCCACAGCAGGCGGUUGAUCUCGCUCUGAGAGUGGCCGAUGAGAUGGACAUCAACAUCGGUCAUGAGGUCGGGUACACCAUUCCCUUGGAAACUUGCUGCACCAGUGAAACUUUCCUCAGGUAUUCCACAGAUGAUAUGCUGCUGAGGGAAAUGAUGUCAGACCCUUUGCUUGAGCGUUACGGUGUGGUGAUCGUAGACCAGGCCCACCAGAGGACCGUUGCUACCGAUGUGCUUUUGGGUCUGCUGAAAGAAGUCGCCCUGCAGAGGCCAGAGCUCCGUGUGGUCCUCCUGUCUGCAACCAAACCGGACCCCAAGCAGCUGAACCUCUUCACUGGGUCAGCACUGCCAGCCAUCCACCUGGAGGCCCCAGAGGUUGGGGAGGUGGCGUACAGCAGCACGGGUGACAACUACUUCUGUUCUGCUCUCCGUCUCGUGCUGGAGAUCCAUCGCUCCAAGGAGCCGGGGGAUGUGGCUGUGUUUCUGGUGACGAUGCAGGAAAUAGAUCUGGCCCAUGACAUCCUGUGUCAUGAAAAGCGAGGCUUGCCACCUGGUCUGGGUGAGCUGCUGCCCAUAGCUGUACAUCCUGACCAACCUGGGAGUCUACCGAUGUUUGGGGAGGAGGCGGGUCAGACCAGACGAGUGUUCCUCACAAGCAGUCCAAAUGAGGACUUCUUCUGGGCUUAUAGCUCAAUUAACUUUGUUAUUGAUGCUGGAGUGGAAAAAAGAUAUGUUUACAACCCGAGAAUCAGAACAAACUCUGUCAUCAUCCAGCCAAUCAGCUCAGGUCAAAGCGAGUGCCGCAAACAGCUGGCUGGUCCAACAGGCAAGUGUUUUCGCCUUUACCCGAAAGAGAGACAGCUUCCUGCAAAGAUUCGUCCUCGUAUUGUGGAGUCUGACAUCACCUCCACCGUGCUGUUCCUAAAGAGGAUGGAGAUCGCCGGGCUGGGUCACUGUCACUUUAUCGACAGGCCAGACCCUGGAAGUCUGAUGCAGGCACUGGAGGAGCUGGACUACCUGGCAGCUCUGGAUAACGACGGGAACCUUUCUGAGAUGGGCAUCAUCAUGUCUGAGUUCCCACUGGAGCCUCAAAUGGCCAAGACUGUGCUGGCCUCCUGUGAGUUUGACUGUGUCAACGAAGUGGUCAUCAUUGCAGCCAUGCUAACAGCACCCUCUUGCUUCAUGGUUCCAGCUGUGGAGCUGAAGCCAGAGGCAGCCCAGUGCCGCAUGAAGUUCCAGCACCCGGAAGGAGACCACUUCACCCUCAUCAACAUCUUCAAGGCUUUCAAACAGUGUCAGCAGGAUGAAUACUGCGAUGAAGAGAAGUGGUGUCAGGACUUCUUCUUCAACCACACUGCCCUGCUGACGGCCGAUGCUCUUCGAACCGAGCUCACUGACACGCUGAGGAGAAUCGAGCUGCCUGUCUCAGCGCCUGCCUUUGGCUGCCGAGGCAACACGGUCAACAUCAAGAGAGCCCUGCUCGCAGGGUUUUUCAUGCAGGUGGCUCGGGAUGUUGAUGGAUCGGGGAACUAUUUCAUUCUGACUCAUAAACACGUGGCACAGAUCCAUCCGAUGUCUGGAUAUGGAGCCAAGAGCCCCAAGCUGGGCCUGCCGGAGUGGGUGCUCUUCCACGAGCACACGUUCUCGGAGGACAACUGCCUCCGCACCGUCACCCACAUAAAGCCUGAGGAGUUCGUUCAAAUGAUGCCACAGUACUUUUUCUACAACUUGCCAUCGAGUGAGAGCAAAGACCUCCUGCAGAAUAUACUGAACGGCAGAGCGUCUCAGAACGAGGAGAACAAGCGCUCGUCAAGCCAGGAACCCCAGGAAGACCAGACGUCUGACCGCUGCGUCAUACAGUGACUGUCAGACCCCCCGCUUCCGGUCACGGCUGGACAAACUAAGACCUAGCUUGUCUUCACUUCUAGCAUCGACACCAUCCAGAUAGCUGAGCUGUUGUCACAAUGUCCUCGAUUUUUAUUUCUAGCAUUCACCUUUCCCUCCAUUUGUGCCCCUCCUCCUUUUCUUUAUCAGUCAGGGUUUUAUUUUAAAUAGUAAUGUACAGUGCACUAAUAUAAAAAUUAAAAUAUUUAACAUAUAUGUUUGGCAUUAUUGCUCAGUACAAAUGAGAUAUUUACAUACAUUUGUUAUAAUUUUAAGACUAAAGACGCACUUGAGUCAUUGUUUUUACUGGGUGGAAUGACAAAACAGUUAUUAAAAAGUGCAAUUUGGUACACAAGUUUGAAUUUAAUUAGGGUAAAACUUAUAUAUACAGUACAGGGUCAAAUAUGUAUACUAUGUUACCAAAUGUAUUGGGUCACCCAUCCAGAUAAUUAAAUUCAGCUGUUCUGAUCACUUCCAUGGCCACAAGUAUAUACAAUCCAGAGGCUUGGCAUAUAGAUAGCACCCACAGCAGUUUGUCAAAUAGCAAAUUGCUGUGCAUAGAGGGAUUUGUGGACUGGGCUUCCCUAGCUGGUGGUGAAUGCAGUGUUGUAAAACACAUCAACACUGGACUCUGGAGCUUGAGAAACAUGUGCUCUCUUAUGAUAAAUCAUGCUUCUGAAUAUCAUCCCAAAUUGAUGCAAAAAAAGCACAUCUAUGAAAGAUUCAAAUUUGUUAUAUUCGCACCCGUCAGUGUAUUUAAGCGUAUAGCAAUGGUUUGAGUCCUUCCUGGUUAUUUUCUAAAUAGUUAACCAUUCUCUGGUUCCCAUUUCUAUUUUUUCUGCCCUUACUGUCCAACCCUGCAGCACAGAGGGUCGAGUUUGAUUAAUGAGGUGCAUGAACAGUUUGGACACGCCUGCAGCUCCAUCUGCUGUGGACUCGCUUUAAUGACAACAGGGUCACGGAGUGCAGCCGGCUCCACAGUGUAAAUACGAUGUCCUCUCUUCAACUACAAAACUCAUGUGCAAUAACACCUGCUGGCUUUGUGAGAGAACAUGGUGGUACCUUUAAAAACCUGUCAUGUUAAACUGGAUUUAAAAAAAAAAAUGCAUUCAGGCAUUUUAGAUCAAAAUAUCACAUGCAAAGAAAACAUAUCUAUCUUUUUUAAAUGUAUGAUUUAACUCUUGCAUAUAGAACACAGACCUUUGAAGAAAUACAGCAUACUAGAAUUAAAAAGUCCUUUACUUCUUAGAGCAACCAUGCAAAAACAAAAAUAGAGUCACUUUCUUACAUACAGCAUUAUGGACACGUCCAGCUCUUUUGAUUUUUGCAUUGAAUGUUGCUCAACUAUUGCACAAUUUCUAAAGCAAAUGUUGUAACUUAACCAAAAUCACUUAACUUUUUUUCACAGCAUUAUUGAUAAACAAAAAAAACCAAAAAAAAAAUACGCCACACAACCUGGAACCGAUCUGACCCAAUGAUGAAUAAUUUAUCUCAGCCUCGAGGAAAAGAAUUUAUUUCUUUGCUAGAAAGUUAGAAACGUCUACAAGUCUGGCUGUUGGUAGAGUCAAACUCUACAUUGGUAAUAAAUUUAAACAUUCAAUGUACAAUUCCUUACU